AUGUUUAUACCUCGUUUCCAUAAAACGUUGGCAGUUGGUGUGGUAGUAGCAGCAUGUGCUACCGUCGCUAGCGGUGUAUUAACCAAUCAAUUACAAAAUUCAGCCUAUGGUCUAUGGAAUUCAGCCUAUGGAAAGGGUACUUUGUCAUCGACUGCACAAAGCAAUUUUUUUGCCAGAAAUACAAAUAUCUAUAAUAAUAAUAUUCUUCGUACUGGAGUUGGUCGUACUACUUAUCUAAAGGGAACUGGAGCAUACAGUGAUACAUCAUAUGAUGAUUUUGCAAGAGGUCAUCUUGGUGCAUUUGACUGGGCCCCAAUCCCAACUGAGAGACAUGACAGUGGUCUCCAUGGCAGUGCUUUAGCUGGUGUCAUUGUUGCCGCAGUCAUUGGAGGUCUUCUUGCCCUCGUGGGUAUUAUUUCCAGUAUUUGUGCUUGGAGAAACCAUCAACACAUGAAGCGUUCCACCCUCUAUGCUGACUAUCGUUCCAACGUUCGUGUCCUCAACAAGGACCCAUACUCUGACUCUGGUGCCCCACGUGAAUUCUACCGUGAAUCUCACCGUGCUGGUCUCAACUCUGGUUACCAUAACGAAGUUCUUGCCUCUGAACGUUUCCACACUGAAAAUGGAUCCACAUUUAGCCGCUUCGGUGAUCGUGAACACUUGGUUCCAAGAAACGUUGUUGGUUCUUCCAGUGCUGUCAAUGGUGAAUCUUUGACAUUCCACAACUAA